UCGAGCCCCGGAUAUCUCCGGGCUCCCCAAGAGGAGCUUUUUCGGGGGCAGAGGAGCCGCGAUCGCCCCUCGGGAGGGUCCCGGGGGUCCACGUGGGGAUGGCCCGGAUUUUCCAUUCCCAAACCUUGACAAUAUGGAGGAGGAGAAGGCUUGGAGGAAGAGGAAGAUGCCUCAGGACACCCAGGCAGGGAAGGAGCUGAGGAUGGAGACCAGGGAGGAAAAAUCCCCAGGGACAAACCUCAUGGAAGAGGCUGUUUUGAGCAGCUCCACAGUGCAGGAACGCAAUGUGGAGGAAAAGCCCCGGCAAUCCCGCACAAGGAGGGGCUGCAAACCCAGCCCAGGGUGGUCUGAGGAGAAAAGACCCACCCUGAACCAGGAAGGUGGACAGAGCUUCAGCCAGAGCUCAGAGCUGGUGGCCCAUGAGCAGCUUCAUGCCAGCAAGAGGCCCUAUGAGUGCUUGGAGUGUGGGAAGAGCUUCAGGAAGAGAUUCAACCUGAUCUGCCACCAGAGGAUCCACACUGGGGAACGGCCCUACAAGUGCUUGGAAUGUGGGAUGAACUUCAGCCACAGGUCCAACCUGGUUGUCCACCAGAGGUUCCACACUGGGGAGAGGCCCUACGAGUGUCCCAAGUGUCAGAAGAGGUUUCACACCCACCUCCUUGUACAUGAGCGCAUUCACACCGAGGAGAGGCCCUUCCGCUGCUCCAACUGCGGGAUGGACUUCAGGCACAGAUCCACCCUCGUCACCCACCGGCGCAUCCACACCGGGGAGAGGCGCUGUGAGUGUCCCCAGUGUGGGAAGAGCUUCUCAGACCGCUCGUUCUUUACCCGACACCAACGGAGCCACCGGUAAGGGCAGCCCUGUGAGUGCCCCAGCUGCAGGGGGAGCUUCAUGCACUGCUCCAGCUUCAUCCCCCAUGGGAGGACCCACGUUGGUCAGAGCCCUGGCGAUCCACAUUCCUGGUGAUCUGCAUUGGGAAGGCAGCUGGACAUUCUUUUGUUUUGACCCUAAUUUUCUUUGGAUUCAUCUU